AUGAAGGUGUGUACCGUGAUGUUAUCAGUAGGCUUAACUUUUGAGAGUAGUAUUAUGCUACAUUAUCACUAUAACACUUUGUCUAUAUGUUCGCAAACAUCCUUUUCCUUGUUUCUUUUGUAAUUCAGCUUGUAUACUGCCAACAAGAAGACUUUGAUGCGAGAGACAGAUUCUUAAACUGUGCACUAUCUUUAGGACGUGUUCCCAAUCAAGGUAACGUUUUUAAAGGGCCUGUAAACCCCCGAAAAAUCCAUUUUUGAAAUAUCGCCAUGAACCUGGCAUUAUGUCUUAUCGUGGCGGGACCAAAAGAAAAUUCUCGCGUAAAAUAUUUUCAGAAAUUUUUUUCAUGGAUAAUAUUUCGAUGAAUCUCCUUGAUUUCACUACAAAUUGCUGUUCUAAAUAUUGUCUGUGUUGUAAAAUGCUAUUGCUGGCUCGAGUUUUCCAGGUUUUAUCUGAAUUUACACUUUUUUGUUAUUAUAGUGUAUUUUCCGGUAACGUUUUGAGAACUUUGGCCAGAUUCAAGUUAAAACAACUUUAAAAGUUGAUUGGUGAGUAUUUUAUAUAAUAUUUAUGUUGUUUUAGAUGAAUAAUCUAUAUUUAGACACCCACUAUUAAGUUCCAACUGUUUUGAUGUAAUUUCGCACUUCGAUGUUGUUAUAGCGCAAUGUCGAGCUAAAAGAUAAAAGCUUAAGCCGUUUUUGGACUUGAAAACUUACAGAAUGGCUGGAGAAUAUGCUACAGGAUGUUUUUAAACUGUUGUGGACGAUUCUGGUUCAAAAAGCAGGCUAAGGAAGGAUUUCUGCCGGAUCCCAGCUAAAACAAGGUCAACAAGCGAUUCGUAAGUAUUUUAUUGCCAUUUUUGUUAUUUUAGGUAUCAAAUUGGCCAGUUUAACUAAUUGUAUAACUUGUCAUAGACUUUCGGCUAUUUUAAUAUCAUAAACACUGCCCAAUUCUCAGUUGUUACCUAAAAAUUCUGCAUUAACAGAAUAUUCUGGUAAAGACAGACGGAAAUUAGUUGGAAGAGGACAUGCACUUGUGGAUUUAGCUUAGUUAGCCAAUUUCUACCUAAAACAACAAAAAUGGCAAUAAAACACUUACGAAUUGCUUGUUGACCUUGUUUUAGCUCGUAUCCGGCAGAAAUCCUUCCUUAGCCUGCUUUUUGAGCCAGAAUUGUCCACGACAGUUUAAAAACAUUCUUUAACGUCUUCUCCAGCCAUUCUGUAAGUUUUCAAGUCCAAAAACGGCCAAAGCUUUCAUCUUUUAGCUCGACAUUGCGCUAUAACAACAUCGAAGUGCGAAGUUACAUCAAAACAGUUGGAACUUAAUAAUGGGUGUCUAAAAAUAGAUUAUUCAUCUAAAACAACAUAAAUAUUAUAAAAAAUACUCACCAAUCAACUUUUAAAGUUUAUUUAACUUGAAUCUGGCCAAAGUUCUCAAAACGUUACCGGAAAAUACACUAUAAUAACAAAAAAGUGUAAAUUCAGAUAAAACCUGGAAAAACUUCAGCCAGCAAUAGCAUUUUACAGCACAGAGACAAUAUUUAGAACAGCAAUUUGUAGUGAAAUCAAGGAGAUUCAUCGAAAUAUUAUCCAUGAAAAAAAUUUCUAAAAAUAUUUUACACGAGAAUUUCCUUUUGGUCCCGCCACGCUAAGACAUUAUGCCAGGUUCAUGGCGAUUUUUCAAACGCUAUCUUUACAGGUCCUUUAAACUAUUCAAAUGAUUUUUUAUCUUAAUGUACUUGUUUUUAUGGUUAAAGUAGCACGGUAAUUAACGUUUUAUCUGCUGUAAGAUAAUAAUUUUACUAUGAUUAUGUUUAGGAUCAUGUCUGGCUUCAUGGGCACUCCAAGCGUCGGCCGUUAUCACUGACAGGUAUUGUAUUGAACAGUUUGGAAUGUCUUUGUCAUAUGUCAAUUCGAUGAACGUUAUAUCGUGCUGUAAUGGGUGUGUGGAAGAGUAGGUUGUUAUAAUAGAUAACUAUAGGGCUUUAAGGGUUUACAAGAGGAGGGAUACGCUGUGAAGGAGAGGUAGCAGUAGGUAGAAGCGCAUAAAAGGGAACUCUUUUAAAUUUUGGGCAAAACUGAUGUUUAUUAAUACUUUUAUAGGUCUAUUUCAAUAAUUUUAAUACUAUUUUUUACUUUUUUUAGUUGUAGCCAAGAUGGCAAUGUAGAAAAUGCGUUUUUGUACGCUAUGUAUUAUGGAGUUGUAGCAUCUUUAUUGAAACCAGAUGCGUGUAUGUCAUAUUUUGACAGUUGUCUCAUUAAUGGAAACUUGAAUCAAGACGGUAAAUUUAAUAGUUAUAGUUAAACUAGAUUCGAAAAAUGUUUUUUUAAUUUUUAGUGUAUUAUAAGAUCAUAAGGAUGUUUUAAAACGAAAUUUUAAAAGUUUUUUAAAGCUUCUUUUGAUGUUUCCUUUAACCCAUGCAAGGAACGAGAAUGGGACGAGAUUCCAAAGUGUGUAUCAGGCUGCCAAUCUCCUCUACCAUUUCGAAAAAUUAAAAUUCGUGGAGUUGAGAAGAUUUUCGACGAAAAGAAGAUGAAAGAUGACAUUAUGGCAAAUGGACCAGCAGCUGCCGAGAUCGAUUUAUACAGCGAUCUAAUAUCAUACCAAACUGGAGUUUAUUCUGUAAGAUUUAGGGUCUGUGAGGAUGGUCCCCGAUCUGCCUCGCUCAGAAUCAGCUCAAAAUUUUUAUACAAAGUCUUUGUACUACUAAUAGUACCUAUAAAAAUUUUAGCUUGCGCUUUAGAGUUUUAAAACUUGAAUAUUUGAGUUUUACGCCAAUUCGGCAAAUUUGGCAUUGUGUUGCAACCACUUUUUUGCCCAACCAGAGCGGGGCAGUUCUGAGCCGCACCUGUUGGUUUUGCUUUUUUUUAAUGCAGGAAGACUGUUGACAAAACUUAUUUCAGCCAUCCCCCAACGCUUUCAUAGUAGGCAAACAGACGGUGAAGAUCGUUGGAUGGGGGUCAGACAAUGGCACAAGUUACUGGUUGGCUGUCAAUUCAUGGGGAGAGAAUUGGGGCCUUCAUGGAGUUGUGAAAAUAGCUGAAGAUGCAAAUUUGGUAACUGAGGUGUGGGUACCUAUAUUCUAA